UAGCAUCAACUGGCAACACCGAGUUAUGCCAGCUGAUCUGGUAAAGUAAAUGUAAAUAUGAAAAUAAAUAAACAAAAAUCAAAAAAUAUAAUAAUUAUUAAAUAAAUACAACUUACUGUAUACCUAAUUUAACAGUACUACUACUGCCUACUAACUACUGUGAACGAAGAAAUGGAUUCUGAUGGUGUAACAGACUCUCCAAGAAGAGGACCAACGCUAUCAACCUCAACCUCUAGUUUUGAAGCUUUGGACCCCCACGAUCCGAAUUUGAGCCGCCUCGCCAAUAGUCUGUUUAGUAAAACUUCAGAGUACCUUUACGGAGAACUCACAUCGACUUUAGAUGACUAUAAGCUAUUGGAAAACAUGAACAGAGCAACAAUCACAAAAUAUUCUGAUAUGAAACAUAUUGCUGUUAAUGUUAGUAAGAGCAUGGGAGAAUUGAAUGAAAAAUAUGACACACUGAUUCCUCUUCUACAGCAGAUUGAUCAAAUAGAAGACAGUGUUAUUAAAUUGGAGCAAGCUGCCUACAAAUUGGAUGCUUAUUCUAAAAGGUUGGAGACUAAAUUCAAAAAUUUAGAGAAAAGGUAAACUCAGCAUGUGAUUUUUCUAUUGUUAUUGAAAGUUUGUGGUUAAUUGAAUAAUAUUAUAAUAAAAACAUUCCAAAACAGCAUUUAUUUGAGUACAAAUUAUUCGCUCCUUAAGAAAUUUUCCGCAUCUUCUGCUUCCUUUUUCCUUUUUUCCUUCAGAUCACACUCAAUUUGUUCUUUUAUGAUGUUGAUUCUAGUGGUGUCCACACAAUCAAUAAAUCUGUCCAUGUGCGAUCUACAUUUGAUUGAACAGCACUUAUUUUUUUUUAGACAUUGGAUGAUCUGAAGAGAAAGAUUUUCAAUCAAAUUAUUAAUAAUAAAACAUGAAACUUACAUCUACAGCACUGCAAAGAUUAGGUCUCACAUCCUCUAUAUUGCUCUCAACUUCGUCGGCUAAUUUAUAAAAGCCUUGCACUGUUAGGCCGUAAGUGUUUGAAUGGGCAUCGUCCAAGCAUUUAAGUUUCAUUAUCCAAUCGUUUUCGGAAACGUUUUGUGGAAUGUUCAAUACUUCGGCUGAGGCUUGUUUUUCAGCAG